UUCAAAUCCGAUCCGAGGCUAUGCGUACGCGCCCGCGCGCGUUCCUGUGUCUCGGAGCUUUUCACACUGUCCAACAGUGCGGCCGCGCGCGGAGCUUCACAAGCCAACAGCAGCACAGAGCCGAGCGCGAGAGACGGCGCGGGGAAGCGAAACGCCAAGAGCAGAGGACAAGGCGGUGCAGGAGGUUCAGAGUGAAGAGCCGCGUCCUCUCGGUCCGCGUGCGUCCAUGGCGGCGAAGCUGAACCCCAACACACUGUACGUGCGCGAGCCGGAGCGCGCCGACGCGGGAGACGAGUCAUCAGACAGCGACGGGGAGCCGGAGGAGAGCUCACACAAACUCAUCCGCAAAGUGUCCACCUCCGGCCAGAUCCGCGCCAAGAAGAGUGUGAAGGAGGGUAUCCUGUUAAAGCAGACCAGCUCCUUUCAAAGAUGGAAGAGGAGAUACUUCAAACUAAGAGGCAGGACUCUCUACUAUGCCAAGGACUCAAAGUCCCUUAUUUUUGACGAGGUCGACCUUUCUGAUGCCAGUGUGGCAGAGACAAGCACCAAGAACAUAAACAACAGUUUUACAGUGAUCACUCCUUUCCGUAAGUUGAUGCUAUGUGCGGAGAGCAGGAAAGAGAUGGAGGAUUGGAUCGGCGCUCUGAAGUCUGUACAGAAAUGGGAGACAUACGAGGCCAGUCAGUUUAAUAUGGAACACUUCUCCGGGAUGCAUAAUUGGUAUGCAUGCUCUCAUGCUCGCCCUACAUUCUGUAACGUCUGUCGGGAGGCACUUCCUGGAGUCACAUCUCACGGCCUGUCUUGCGAAGUGUGUAAGUUUAAAGCUCAUAAACGCUGUGCUGUCCGAUCCACAAACAACUGUAAGUGGACCACUCUGGCUUCCAUAGGAAAUGACAUCAUCGAGGAUGAAGAUGGGGUAUCCAUGCCUCACCAGUGGCUGGAGGGGAACCUGCCGGUCAGUGCUAAGUGUGUGGUGUGUGAUCGGACAUGCGGCAGUGUGCGCAGGCUGCAGGACUGGCGCUGUCUCUGGUGUAAAGCCAUCGUACACAGUAGCUGUAAGGAGCAGUUGGGGAAGGUGUGUCCACUGGGUCAGUGUAAAGUGUCCAUCAUUCCUCCAACAGCUCUCAACAGCAUUGAUUCAGAUGGUUUCUGGAAAGCUACAAGUCCGUCCUGCUCCAGUCCUUUGCUGGUGUUGGUGAACAGUAAGAGUGGUGAUAACCAGGGAGUGAAGUUCCUGCGCAAAUUCAAACAGCAGCUAAACCCUGCGCAGGUCUUUGACCUCAUGAAUGGAGGACCACAGCUAGGAUUACGUCUGUUCCAGAAGUUUGUGACAUUUCGCAUCCUGGUGUGUGGAGGUGAUGGCAGUGUCGGUUGGGUUCUGUCUGAACUGGAUAAACUAGGACUGCACAAGCAGUGCCAGUUGGGUGUGCUUCCCCUGGGCACAGGAAAUGAUCUGGCGCGGGUGCUGGGUUGGGGCGGUUUGUGUGAUGAUGAUGCACAGCUUCUGCAGAUCCUGGAGAAACUGGAGAGAGCUACCACCAAGAUGUUGGACAGAUGGAGUAUAAUGACAUAUGAAGUUCCCACCAAAACGGCACCUGUUAUUGUUAAAGAGGACGACCCGCUGGACUGUCCACUCCAGAUUACUCAUUAUGCUGACUCUGUCACCUCUCAUCUGACAAAAAUCUUGGACUCGGACAAACACAGUGAUGUCAUAUCCUCUGCUAAGUUUUUGUGUGGGACGGUCAAUGAGUUUGUAGCUGAAGUUGGAAAAGCCUAUGAGAAAGCCACUGAAAACAAGGAGGAGGCUGAUGCUAUGGCUAAAAAGUGUGCCAUGCUGAAUGAAAAGCUGGACUCUCUGGUGCAGGCACUGAGCGAGGAGGCUGAUGCUCAGCUAGUGCCUGCAGGCUCUCAGCCUCCUGAACAGGAGAGCGAGUCGAGCGGCCCGGACGCUCCGAGUGUCCCCAGACCCUUCAGAUCCAAAGAGCAGCUGAUGCUGAGAGCCAACAGCCUGAAGAAAGCACUGCGGCAGAUCAUAGAUCAGGCAGAGAAAGUGGUGGACGAGCAGAACAGACACACCCAGGUGCAGAGGAUGUCUUCCACCUCUUCAAUAAAAAGAGGCAGCAGUGAGGACCUCAAGGAGGCGGAGCCACGUCAAAGUGCCCUGAAUCCCACAACCCCCAUAGUGCUGGAGAAAGCAGACACCUGCAACAGCACCACAGUUUUUACUGAGGAGCAAUGCACAGAGAAGUGCGUGAUGAAUAACUACUUCGGAAUUGGCCUGGAUGCCAAAAUUUCUCUGGAGUUCAACAACAAGAGGGAUGAGCACCCUAAGAAGUGCAGCAGUCGCACGAAAAACAUGAUGUGGUAUGGCGUCCUGGGGACCAAAGAGCUUGUUCAGAAAACCUAUAAGAACCUGGAGCAGAGAGUGCAGCUGGAGUGUGAUGGUGUGCCCAUGUCUUUGCCCAGUCUGCAGGGUCUGGCUGUGCUCAACAUCCCUAGUUAUGCAGGGGGCAUAAACUUUUGGGGCGGCACCAAGGAGGAUAAUAAUUUUGGAGCGCCAUCAUUUGAUGAUAAGAAGCUGGAGGUUGUGGCCGUGUUCGGCAGCAUGCAGAUGGCCAUGUCUCGUGUCAUUAACCUACAACAUCACCGCAUCACACAGUGUCGGCAGGUAAAGAUCACAAUUAAAGGAGACGAGGGCGUUCCAGUGCAGGUGGACGGAGAGGCCUGGAUCCAACCUCCCGGUAUUGUCCAGAUCAUCCACAAGAAUCGGGCCCAGAUGCUCACCAGAGACCGGGCUUUUGAGAGCACGCUGAAGUCGUGGGAGGAUAAGAGGAAGUAUGGCAGCUGCCGUUCUACUCGGCCACGUCUCAAUUCACAGCAGUCCAUGGAAUACCUGACCGAGGAGGAGUGUGCACAGGUGCAACAACUUGGCCUGGUGGCUGACUCACUCAUUAGCAGAAUACGGGAGGUGGCUAAGACCCAUAAGGUGGUGGAACAGGAGUUGGCUCAUGCAGUAAAUGCCAGUGCUGCUGUCCUCACUGAGGCCUUUCCCUCUAAACCCUCCAGUCCAGAGUGUCUGAGUCGCAGCACCGCUGUGGAGAUUGUCAACAGCAGUAAAGUGCUGCAGCAGGAGACUAAAAUGCUGUUAGAAGGGAAGCUGCUGCAGUUGGAGGCCCCUCAGGAGGAAGAGCUGCUUUCCACACUCAACACUCUCAGUGCUGAGUUAAUCAAACUGGAGGACAUCCACUGGAUCUGUCCCAGCAUGCACUGCUCUGAGGAGGACUCAUCCCGCACGAGUGCUAAGAGCAGCAGCAUGAAGCUGAAGAUCAUACCCAAAGUAAAGAAGGAGAGAGAGAAGCUGCAUAAGCAGCGUUCCAACAGCUCUCUCUCAGGAUCUUGGGAUAUCAAAGGUGGGUCAUGUGAAGCGGAUCUUGCAGGCAAUUGAAGAGCUGGAGGGUCUGCUGUAGUGGACUCACCGCGCCACGGGAAUCUGCCUUUCACCGAGGAAGCGGUGUUUGGAGCUAACUAUCACACACUGCAUGUGUGUGAGAGGCAUGGCAUCGCACUGCACUGCAUCGACGUUCCAGUUACGUUCUCUGUCCAUCCUCUGCCUGCUGGUGCCCUUGGUGAUCAACAGACACUGGGAGUACAUGAAAGUACCCAGAAUCCUUUUCUGCAUUCUUUAUUUGUUUCUAUGACCCGUACGAUUUCCUGUGCUCUUCUUCUCACGCAUGAGACAGACCUUCCUUCCUUUCUUCCUUCUUUUACUGAUGUCCUUCCUUUUUUCCUCUUUUUUUUGAGGGUGGGGGGUCUGCUUUUAAAGCCAAGAGAUGCAAACUGGUAUUUCCGGAAAACUCUCCUUUUGAGUCAUCUGAACAACGUUAAAACUGAACAAAUUUUCCAAACGAAAAGCAUCUGAAAUGUAUUGUGGAUUUGUAUUAGCUGUCAAAACGCAAUGUAAGAACUGCAUUCUGUCCGAUUCAGUCUCUAUGUAUUCAGAGACAGUUGGUGUUUCUGCAUGCCUUUUGCGUCCACGAUCCUCGAGCAGAAAAACAAAAGCUGUUAGAUUUUUCUUUUCUUCUUCUUUUUUUUAAUUAAAUAUUCAGCCAAAUAGUGCUAUUGUGCCGCUCGUGUGCCAGGUGAGCUGUUGUUCUGCAAGCUAUAGUGAUGUAAAUUUGUGCCAAGUUCCUCAACAAAUUGCAGUGGUUAGUGAGCUGGGGUUUUUUUUUUUCUUUCCUUUUUUCCCUUCUAUAAGGGGAAAAAAAAAACAUGCAACGUCGUACAUUUCAGAAAGUGUUUUAUCUCAUUGCCUUGCACUUUAGUGAGGAAAACGGUCUUUAAAAAAACUUGAAAGUGGUGUGUUGUAAAAAAUUUUCCUCAGCUGUUUUUAUCCUAUGAUGAAAAGUGUAUUUAUUACAAACCUAUUAAAGAGAUGUGUGAUAAAUAAUAUAUUGUCAAACUAUGAAUGUUAAACCCAUAUGUCUGUCGUCAGAAUUAGAUCUCGUAAUCGUGCAUAAGAAUGACACAUUUCCACAAUAAUGAAUCAUUAAGGCUUGAACUCUGACCUUCAGGUUUCUCCUAACGAGGCUGGAGAGGGGCCUCGACGUCUGCAGAAUAAGUCGUGAUCCAGGUUAACAUUUACAUGGAACUGAGAGGAAAAGGGGUGCAUAUUAAAGGAAAUUAGGUUCUUUCAUUGAUCGGUGUGAGCCAAAGUGUAACAGUAUUUCAGUGUUUUUAAAAGCUGGACUGUACGAUUUGCACGUGUAUGAACAUGUUCCCCAGUAAAUGAUUCUCGCUGUCUGUUAUACGGUCGUGAUCAAAGUCCAGUGUCCCUUUUUAUUUUUUGUCUUCUUGAAGUGUCAAACUACUGACUGAGUGUUAUCAGGGACGAGGGAGGAGCUUGUGGAUGUGGAAGCCACACAAAACCUUUGAUUUCAGUUUCACCUUUGAAAAGAAAAUGGGGCUAAAAAGGACUAUUCACCUUUUUUGGUUAUUUAUAAUACAGCGUUGAUGAGACUACUGCUUACUGUUUAUUGUUUACUCUUGAAGUAUCUAAUUUAACUUUUGGAAUUAUUUAAUAUGAUUUUUUUUUUAAUGCCAUAUGAGUUGCAGUUUACCUUCCAUGGCUUUGAGUUUGUCUGUUGGCUACUAUUGCCUCUGAUCCGGGAUUGUUGCUGUUUAUUUGAAGCAAAAAUAAAGUUUGGCCAUUGCUGUUU